AGACGAACACCAUAGUUGUUGAAGUACAGAUCUUUUCGUAUCUAUCUUAUACCCAGAUUAAAUAUUCAACAAUGUCUGCCUGGAGAAAAGCUGGAUUUUCAUUCAACAAAUACUUACAAAUCUCUGCUCAAACUGUCAGAAAAGCUUUGAAACCAGAAUUUCAAACACAAAAAGUGCAGGCCAGAGGUAACACUGAUGCUAAAGUCAUCAAAUUUGAAAACGGUGUUGCUAAAGAAGCUGAACCAUUAGCCAAACAUUAG